GAGGCAGAACUGGAGAAGCGGAGUAAGAGGGAGCAGUACGUCUGCGGAAGUCCCCGAGGCAGCCUCCGCGGAGGAGCAGAAGGAAAUGGAAGAUAAAGUGACUAGUCCAGAGAAAGCUGAAGAAGCAAAAUUAAAAGCAAGGUAUCCUCAUCUGGGACAAAAGCCUGGAGGUUCCGAUUUUUUAAGGAAACGAUUGCAGAAAGGGCAAAAAUAUUUUGAUUCUGGGGAUUACAACAUGGCUAAAGCAAAAAUGAAGAACAAGCAACUUCCUACUGCAACCCCGGAUAAGACAGAGGUCACUGGAGACCACAUUCCCACUCCACAGGACCUUCCUCAACGGAAACCAUCUCUUGUUGCUAGCAAACUGGCUGGCUGAUUAAAAAGAGCUGAACUGCAUGAAUCUUCUAAUUCCCAUUAUUUCUCCUUAAUAUGUUAUCCUCUGCUUUUUAUUUCCUUUUACUCCCUAUGUCAUUUGAGAGUGAUGGCUUUGCAGGUAGCGGUAGUGUGUGCUGCUAUUUUAAGGGAAUAUACAUGUGUAGAGUUUUUGAUUAGUUUAACAGUGCACUGAUGAAAAGAACAUGUUAGAGCAACAUAAAGUAAUCUACUUGAAAAUAAUUGUAUAUAUUACCUAACUCCUAGUGUAGGGCUGGAUCCAACAAGUAACUAACAAGUUUUGCAGUUUUAAUGUUGGCUUUCUUUAAUUCAUCUUAAUUAUAGCUUUGUAUGUUACUCUUACUUAAUAUAACCUCUACUGUUUGUUUCUUCUGGAUUUUCCUUUUGGGUUUUGUAAACAGAAGUUUAAGACCACAAGUUAGAAGAGAGGUCACAUAUUUCAAACACAAAUAAAAGGGGCUCCAAAAGAUUUGUAUCCUGUGCUUGAACGUGAAUGGCCUUAAAUCUGUUUCAGCUUUAACAAUAGAAUUUUACUUGGGCAAUAUUUGCCCAUUCUGGUGUAACUUACGUGACUCUAUUGCUUAACAGCUGCUGUUGAAGCUAGUAUUCUUAUUCAGUUCUAUAGUGUUCAGAAUACCUUUUGUCAUUGAAGAUGUGAAUGAAGCGUGCAUGUGCAUCGACUGUUGAAUUCACUUUUGUGCCAUUUUUGUAAAUACAAUAGUUUUGCACAACCUCUCA